AUGCCUCUCUGCACACUCCACCUCCUCUCUCUAACCACCUCCCUCCCAAACUUCCUCUCCGCGCUCUCCUCUACCCCCACAAUCCCCCUCGUCACCUCCCGCGUCAUCCGCUGGAUCAUCACCCCGACAACCCUCUCCCACGACCCCCUCCUCACGCAAUCGCCCCCCUGGGACCUCCUCGUCAUCCUCCCCGGUACAGCCGGCCUCCCUUCCUCCCUCCGCGCCCACAUCCGCGCCGAAUGGCGCAUCACGGCCGGCAUACCGAAGAGCAUCGUCUCGGGCUUCAGAGAGCGGAACGAGCGGCUGCUCCAUCCUCAGGAAGGCGACGUGCCCGGCCUGAGCGGGGCGCUGGAUCGGCCGCGGAUCGCGAGCUCGGCGCAGCACCUGGAGCUGACGGAUGAGCUGAGGGCGUGGAUCGGGUCGGCUGCGUGCCCCAAGGGUGCGGUCAGCAUGCUGAAUCUGCUCUCCUUCCUUCCGGAUAAGAAGGACUCGUAUCUCAAAUACGGCGCCGCGUUCGCGUCCUCGAUCGGGGCACGGCGGGGCGGGAAUGCCAAGAUUGUGGGUAAGGUCGUCGAGUGUAGUGAUGGGUGUAGGGAGUGGGAUGAGGUUGCGCUGGCGCAUUAUCCCAGUGCGAAGCACUUUGCGGAUAUGGCGGGCAGUGAGGAUUAUCAGGAGGUCAAUCAACGGCUUCGGGUGCCGAGUUUGAGGGAUACGUUCAUUUUGAUGACGAGUGAGGUUAGUUUGGGGAGGGAUAGGGAGGGGGCGAAGCUGUGA